CUAUUCGAGGGCCUCUCUCCUUCGUCGGCGUCUCAUGGGAAAAUCCCAUUUUUUCUCUUCCUCCUCCAAGCUCGAUCUCUCCAUCUUCUCUGUCGAUUCUCUGUCAAAUUUUUCUUAUAUAAUAGUUUUUGUUCGUUUGAUUCGAGAGUGUUCGAUUUCCUCUGUAGAGGAUCAUGAACGUUCGUUUGAUUGGAGAGCGAACGAGUGUGAGCGUUUGAUUCGCAUGUGUGUGAUUGAUUAUAACCAAGUUCCGACCGUGCUUGGGUAAAAAUCGAGGAGAUUAAAGGCUUCAUCCAUGGCUCUGAAGAAGUAGAGAGGAUACCAGAUCCUGCUGUUGCCUCCAUUGUCGACAACGCUGUGGCCGAAUCUUCAGGUGGUGGCAAUAAAAGCUUUUCACUUGUAUGGACAAUGCCAGUGGAGGGUUCUUCGAGUAGUGAUAUGGCUGAAUCAUCAUCGAAGCCUGAGAGGUUAGAUAAAUCAAAGACCGAGAGUCAGCAGAAAGCUACUCCCAUUCUUGCCGAGGAUGCAGCAAAGAUUUUCGAUGACAGAAUCUCUGCAGGGAAGAAGUGCAAUGUUGGUCUCGGUAUGGAAUCAUGUGUCAUGGUUACGCCUGAGAGACUCUUCUAUAGGAAACAUCUAGGUGUCUGGAGUGAGGCUUUGGCUGCAACCAGGCCUAGAGGUGAUUCAGAGGUUUCUGAUUUGGAGAUAGAGCGUGACUUACUAAACAGUCCUAAAGACGAUCUUGAAUUCUCCUUUGUGCGAGAGACUAUUAGAGAAAAACUUAGUGCCAUAUGUGACAGAGUAAUUGUGAAGCCCCAAAAAACAGUGAGAAAGCUUGCAAGAGUACAGCAUCUAUACUCUGAGUUGGCAGGGCAGCUAAGAAGAGAAGAUGACGAGAUUAGAUUACGGUUCUUCAUGGUUUAUUUGAAAUAGUUUCAUUAGUUUUUUGGAACUCAAUUCUUGUUAUAUUAUCUUAGUCAUCAUGGUUGAGUGACAUCUUCUCUUACACCAAAAUAUGUUUUGUGUAUUUUCAGUU